UAGCAGUUUCCGUGAUUUCUUUUGCGAUCACCGUUCGUCAAAAGACCUCACUUUCAUAUCUUGAAUAUCAAAAUCGAUCGGACCAGAUCCAAACAACCCAUCUCAGGAAACUUAAUGAAGUCUCGAUACCGAUCCUGGAGCGCUGUCGAAGAAAAAGCAACCACUACGUAAGCCGUUUGAUUCGAUGCACCGUCUGACCUCAAAUGACGAAAAGCAAGACAAAAGAACGGGGAGAUUACGUAAGGGCUGAUGUGUCGAUCCCUCGUUUUGGUUGACGUUGAAAUCCGGUUGGUCAAGGAUUGAAAAAUUCUAACGGUGAAAGCUUCAUGUUCGCAAGAUUUUCAACUUUAGGACGAAGGUUUCGAACGAGAAGAUUCUGGUUCUGAAAUUGUCGUUCCUUAAAAGUGGUUUGGUUUCAGGGUGGACGAAGGGACGAGGAGGCGUGACGGCCUCGUGGGGGUUGUCGGUGAUUCUCCAAGAUGUAACCACCUCGGAGACCUCGGAGCAACCUGUUGAGCAGUGGCAGGACCAGUCAAGCCACUCCCCUCGUACGUGUCGACGUUCACGCAACUUCCUCUUGAUAUUUAUUUAUUUUUACUCUAGUUUCUCUAGCCCCUUUCGAUGCCGGCGUUCCCUGCUGUAUAAUCUCCUUCUCAGCUAACAUUUCUCUGACUUUGUGCUCGCGUUUCAUGUCCCUUUAGUUCUCUCUCUCUCUCUCUCUCUCUCUGCGUGAAGAGCGAACAUGAGUCAGAUGGGUGACCGUUCUUGUGAUCCACCGGCCAAGAAGAUGAUCAGAGGGCCGCUCCUGGAGAACCCAACCCCAAAGGGUGGCCUCAGAACCAUCCCUUUCAUAAUUGGAUUGGGGGUGUGUUUAUAUGUGCAGCGAAUGAGGCGUUUGAGAAAGUGGCGAGCUUCGGACUGCUGCCCAACAUGGUGUUGUACUUGACCCGAGAGUACCACUUAGAGAAUGUCGCCGCUGCCAACGUCCUCUUCCUCUGGUCCGCCGCCACCAAUUUCCUCCCAAUCAUCGGCGCUUUCCUUGCCGACUCCUACUUCGGCCGCUACGCAAUGAUCGGGUUCGGUUCCAUCGCCAGUCUCCUGGGAAUGAUUCUUCUAUGGUUAACAACGGUGUUUCCUGAAGCAAGGCCGCCUUCUUGUGAUGAGUUCAGCAAGGACACUUGCGGAUCAGCAACCACAGCGCAGUUGUUGCUCCUAUAUUCUUCCUUUGGCCUCAUGUCCAUAGGAUCCGGAGGCGUAAGAUCAUCUGCCUUAGCGUUUGGCGCUGACCAAAUAAAAACAGGAGCAAACUCCAAGAAUUCAGGCAACUUGUUACAGAAGUAUUUCAGUUGGUACUAUGUUUCGGUCAUGGCCUCAGUGAUGGUCGCGAUGACCUGCAUAGUGUACAUUCAAGAUACCGCAGGGUGGAAAGUUGGUUUUGGAGUCCCCGCUGUGCUCAUGUUCAUAUCGACCUUCUCAUUCUUCUUGGCAUCGCCUUUCUACUUCAAACUGAAGGUAGAAUCAAGCCUGCUCACAAGGUUCUUCCAAGUCGCUGUAGCUGCCUUUAGAAACAGAAGCAUCAAGCUGUCAUCCUUGCGACCAGACGAAUCAUAUUAUAUUGGAAAAGGAUCGAUGCUUCAAGCCCCGAGCGAAAAAUUGAGGUUUCUGAACAAAGCUUGCGUCAUCAGAGAGACUGACCAACUGCACCUCACAGAUGGGAAGGCCCUGGAUCCAUGGAGUCUCUGCACAGUUGACCAAGUCGAAGAGCUGAAAUCGCUAAUCAACAUAAUCCCAUUAUGGUCAACCGGAAUCAUGUUGGCCGUGGCCAGCAACCAGAACACCUUCUUAGUACUCCUUGUCACCUCCAUGGACCGACGCGUCACCCCAAAUUUCGAAAUCCCCGCAGGCUCCUUCAACACUUUCGUGGUUCUCUCUUUGCUAGCAUUCGUUGCUCUCUACAACCGUGUAUUCCUCCGUCUUGCCUCUGCAAUCAUUGGAAAGCCAGUCUAUCCAAGCUUGAAACAGAGGAUGGGGUCUGGGCUCGUUAUAUCCAUCUUCGCAACGUCAGUGUUGGCCAUCGUGGAAUCAGUUAGGCGAAGAGUCGCCACAGAGGAAGAACAUUUGGAUGGAAUGGGGGUGGUAAAAAUGUCUGCGAUGUGGCUACUUCUGUACUAUAUUCUGAUCGGCAUUGCUGAGGGCUUCAAUGCGAUCGCACAAAACCAGUUCUAUUACUCGGAGUUGCCUAAGACCAUGUCUAGCAUCGCCGCUACUCUGUUCGGGGUCAGCAUGGCAGUGGGGAACCUGGUGGCCAGCCUCAUAAUCAGCAUUGUCCAGUUGGUUACUGAGAGAGGAGAGAUGGAGGGCUGGGUUGGGAGUGAUAUCAACAAGGGGCACUAUGAUUACUACUUUUGGGUCAUCACUUGUUUUAGCACCCUCAACUUUGUGUACUUUCUUGCUUGCGGCGAGGCCUAUGGGCCCUGCAAAGGAGAAGGUGGUGAUGGUGCUUCAAGUAGAAUGGCAGAUGAAGACAUCAGUGUCACUUCUUGAAUUAGGCAAAGGAAGUGAUUUUUUCUUCUUCCUUUGACCAUUAGUCAAUAUGGCAUGUAUAUUAAACUUCUGUCAGCAGUAUAUUACCAUUUUACAUGAUUAGAGUCACAUAUCUGGAAUCAUGUCUGAUAUACGGUCACUUAUUUGGUAUGACUAACAAGACAUGAAUGGAGAUUUUAUGUAGUGAAU